UUUACGUUCUGUUCAGAGCAGGUCGAUAUGCAGAUAGUCUUUAAAUGGCAUAAUGUGCAAAGGGUAUGUGGGGGUAUACAUGGAGGGAGUUUAAAUGUGUGUGCAGUGUGUUUAUAUUAUAGUUCAAUGACGUCCCACUCUUCUUUUGCAAGCAAUUACACAGCAAGAACAGAUUAUCAUUUUAAACUCUUAUCUCGAAUGGGCUCAAUCUAAGUAGCCAUAACUUUUUUUUAUAAGUAACAUGGCGACGUUACGAAUUAGCCAUGUUGGCAUUUACGCUUUGACUCUCUUUAUGACAAUACUGCCAGUCUGCCUGGCAAUAUGCCAACCUGGCCAGUUUUUAUCAGCGAAUGUAUGCCAAAAGUGCCCAGAAGGUAGUUAUAUGGAUGAAUUUAAUCAUAAUCAUUCGGCUUGUAAACCCUGCACACAAGCGAAUGAAGAUGAAGUUGAGGAACAGAGAUGCAACGGAACCCACAACUCAGUCCUUAUUUGUAAGAAGGGGAAAUUCAACAGGAAUGGACCCACUCUACUCUGCCAGCCAUGUACCAAAUGCGAAGACGAAAGUAUGCAUGAAGUCAAGAAAUGCCAUGACACCAGUGAUGCGAUAUGCUGCCCUGAACCGGAAAUGGUGCUAGAAGUUAAUAAUGGUAGCAGUUCUUGUAGCCAUCCGUCUAAUGAUAAAAACUACUGUUGCGUAUUGAGGGCAACUGUAGCUACCAAAAAAGAUGUGUCUGAGCCCAAACCUGAAGAGCUUUCGAUUGAGAAAAUACCUAGAUCUACCGGGACAUUAUCAGGAACCAAAUCAGGGGCAGUAAGUGAUGAUGUGAACAGCUCCAGUACUUUGGAUGUUGGGGCUAUAAAUGGAAUAGCAAGCCUCGUAGUUCUAGUUAUUUUAGCUCUUGUUGUCAUUUUUAUACUGAAAAGGAGGCGAAGAUAUUGUCAUUGUUGACGUGACUCUUUACUGUAAUAAUUAUUACAUGGAAGGACUAGGCCUAUUCAGUGGCGUCACUUGGGUAGGUUCACCUGGUGCGGAUCGCAACCUCCUAGUGACGCCACUGGGCCUAAUCCAUAGACUUAUAUAUAUUUUAAUUAGACUGGACAAGGAAAUCUUUUAAAACUAAAAAAAAAUUGAAAUUUUUUUUUAAAAGUUUAAACAAGGCGGUUCUGAAACGUACUUUUAUGAAGUAAUUUUUUUUCCAACCCUAACCUAUGUAACAUAUUAUUCAAUUUCUAGAUAUAGAUCUAGUGAUAGAACAUCAGAACUAACAGUACUCUUGUCUCAUAAAUAUUAUUUUGCAAUUUUAAGAUACAUAAUCGAGAAAGAUCUAGGUAAUCAAUCUACUUAAAUGUACAUAAGAUGAUUAAAAACCACAGACUUGAAUUAUUUUGAUCUAGGAUUUUGGAAACAUUAUCUCAAUGGAAACUAAUAGGAAAUUGCUUUAUUUCAAAUAUUAGCGUAAACAUAUAGUUCUAAGAGUAAUAGCCCAUUCUAAAGAAAUUCCGAUAAAUGAGUAUGCAUUAUUUCUAAACUUUAAAAGCUAAAGAUCAUUAAUUUUCUAAGAAAGAAAAGGUUGAUUGGGGUGACAUCUCUUAGAGUUCAAAAAAGAGUUACGUACAUAAAUAUAGUUGUGUUAGUUUAAGAGCUAUCUUCAUACAUACGUGUAUUUUACAAAUAUCAGAUAAGUGAUGUGUUUAUUAUAUUUUUACAAAUAUCAGAUAAGUGAUGUGUUUAUUAUAUUUUUACAAAUAUCAGAUAAGUGAUGUGUUUAUUAUAUUUUUACAAAUAUCAGAUAAGUGAUGUGUUUAUUAUAUUUUUACAAAUAUCAGAUAAGUGAUGUGUUUAUUAUAUUUUUACAAAUAUCAGAUAAGUGAUGUGUUUAUUAUAUUUUUACAAAUAUCAGAUAAGUGAUGUGUUUAUUAUAUUUUUACAAAUAUCAGAUAAGUGAUGUGUUUAUUAUAUUUUUACAAAUAUCAGAUAAGUGAUGUGUUUAUUAUAUUUUUACAAAUAUCAGAUAAGUGAUGUGUUUAUUAUAUUUUUACAAAUAUCAGAUAAGUGAUGUGUUUAUUAUAUUUCUUUCAGUUUUUCUCUUUUGUGUGUGUGUGUCAAUUCGAGGUACUACAAAUUAAAUUACGCAUAUUCAUUUUC